GCUCAAAGCCCCACGGUGGCAGAUCCCCUCCAGCAAGCCUACGCAGGCAUGCAGCACUAUGCAGCAGCGUACCCCACCGCCUACGCGCCCAUCAGCCAAGCCUUUCCCCAGCAAGCGCCCAUCAUCCCGCAGCAGCAGCGAGAAGGUCCCGAAGGCUGUAACCUGUUUAUUUAUCACCUGCCCCAGGAGUUCGGGGACGCGGAGCUCACGCAGAUGUUUUUGCCUUUUGGCAAUGUCAUCUCUGCCAAAGUGUUCGUGGACCGGGCCACCAACCAGAGUAAAUGCUUUGGUUUCGUCAGUUUUGACAAUCCCACAAGCGCUCAGGCGGCCAUCCAGGCCAUGAACGGCUUCCAGAUUGGCAUGAAGAGGCUAAAAGUCCAGCUCAAGCGGCCGAAAGAUGCCAACAGACCCUACUGA